GGACGACCUGGCCCAGCUGCCCUUCCUGACCAUGUGCAUUAAGGAGAGUCUGCGCCUGCAUCCCCCAGUCACCAUCAUCUCCCGCUGCUGUACCCGGGACGUUGAGCUCCCAGAUGGCCGCGUCAUCCCCAAAGGAAAUAUCUGCUCCAUCAGCAUCUUCGGGAUUCAUCACAACCCGUCAGUCUGGCCGGACCCUGAGGUCUAUGACCCCUUCCGCUUCGACCCUGAAAACAUGAAGGGGAGGUCACCUCUGGCUUUUAUUCCCUUCUCGGUGGGGCCCAG